AUGACGACAGAAGACUAUAAGACCUCCAUCAGUGAUAAUCAAACAACAGAAAUAAGCACAAUUUUUGAUAAAAACAGGGCUUAUAAUGAAUCUGGUAAUCCAAUUACAGAGAAAGACACAGAUAUUUUAUUAAAAUACGUUACAGACCUUCAAUCAUUAAAUGAUAAAGGGCAAAUCGCUCAAAUACACUCAAUUAUCUCCGAUAUUAAUACUGCACUUUCAUAUAACUCGAAAGUUGUUUCAUCAAUUUUAAAUAUAGAUGAAUUUUACGUUGAACUUGAAAAAUCUGUUAAUGUUUUAGCUGGAUAUCAAGAAAUACUUGAAGCAUUUCGACUCUGUUAUAAUUUAUUAAUUUGCAACCCAGGUAGUCAAGAAAAAUUCAUUUGGGUAUUUGAAAUCGCAAUCAAUGAAUGCAUAAAUACUCCAAUAGCUGAUAUUUAUUACUAUUGUUCCAAAAUAAUUUUUUCAUUUAUUUCUAAUGUACCUGAUAACGAAAAUAACUUAAACGUCGUUGAAAUUAAAGAUGCAUCCAUGAGAAGUUUACAGUUUAGCUCUCGAGAAAUCGAAUGCGGCUCGAGAAUUUACGAAUUUAUUAUUAAACAUUGUAAUCCAAUGCCAAUUCGAAGAUUGAUGUUCAGAGAUCUUAGUAUGUUUAUUAGAAGCAAAAAAUUGACCCCGGUUGCAAUGUCAAUGAUAUUAAGCGCUUUAUCAAUGUAUUUAAUCAAUUAUUCAGACGAUGAAGCUGAUUUUAGAAGAAACAAUAUAUUUGAUGAUGUUCAUAGAUACAUAUUUGGCCGGAAAACGUCAGAUGGUUCCCCAGAUUGUGGAAUCAGAUGUUUGCUUGAUUAUUUCAUUCUUGUUUCCACGCUGAUCAAAAUAACCAAUGGCGAAAUAGCAAAAAGAUAUUACCAAUGCGCUCAUUUACAGAAAUUUAAUUAUUUCUUUACAGAAGACUUUGACAAAGAUUGCGAAGGAAUAUAUUUAUAUAUACUAGAAUUGCAUUGUCUGGCUAUUAAUAAUAUGUCAAAUAACAUGGAAUUCAGAAAUUUCUUAAUUUCUUCAAUUCCUCUUUUUGACAUAAUGAAUUUUGAGGGCAGCCAUAUUGUUAAGUGUAUGAUAAUCCAAUUUGUAUCUAUAUAUGUCCGUAAUUUUGCAGAAGAAGUCGAACCUCAAUAUUUUCUUAACUUUUUGAUCGAUUACUCCGAAUUUUUAGAUGACCAAGAUGGUGAAUCUGAUAUUACAAAUCGAUAUAUUGUAAUUCUAAUUAUAAUGCUUGAGAAACUGAGAGAUGAUGAAUUCAAAGAUACUUAUAUUGAUGAUUUAAGAGAAAACGGAGUAUAUGAUAAGCUAGGGGAAAUGCAAGCAGAAGCAUCUGAUGAAAUUGCAGAGAGAAUUUCAAUUGCCUUGAGUUUCUUCAAUAAAGAAGAGGCAGAAUAA